AUGCACGCACACCUUCCCAAGCAGCACAGCUGCGGCAGGGGGUCCGAGGGGCCGGACGCCGGCAGGAAUGUGCCUCCCGUAGCGAGGGAUGCCCACUGCGCCUGUCAUUGGCACCAGCAUCCUCCGGGGCUCCAGUAUAGCUCUCAGGCGCUUCCCUCCUGGGGACCUGGGGGUGCCAGCCAGAGCAGGAACAAGUGUGCCCGUUUGCGGGACACUCUGCGGAAGAGCCCGCAUAAAUCUUCAGCCAAGCCACAGGGCAGCCCGGGGGAGUGGUGGUCACAGUGCGCCUGUGCCCAUGGCUGGGCUCCCCCGGUGCAGGCAAGCCCUGCCCCUAUAAUUGUCAACACAGACACUUUGGACACAAUCCCUUAUGUCAAUGGAACAGAAAUUGAAUAUGAAUUUGAAGAAAUUACUUUGGAGAGGGGGAAUUCUGGCCUGGGGUUCAGUAUUGCUGGAGGAACAGAUAACCCACACAUUGGGGAUGAUCCUGGGAUAUUCAUUACUAAGAUUAUACCAGGAGGAGCUGCAGCAGAGGAUGGAAGACUCAGGGUCAACGAUUGCAUCUUGCGUGUGAACGAGGUCGACGUGUCCGAAGUUUCACACAGCAAAGCGGUGGAGGCCCUAAAGGAGGCUGGAUCCAUAGUACGAUUGUAUGUUCGUAGAAGGAGACCUAUUCUGGAGACCGUGGUGGAGAUCAAGUUGUUCAAAGGACCUAAAGGUCUGGGAUUCAGUAUUGCGGGAGGGGUUGGAAACCAACACAUCCCUGGAGACAACAGCAUUUAUGUCACUAAGAUUAUUGAUGGAGGAGCUGCACAAAAAGAUGGGAGGUUGCAGGUUGGAGAUAGACUUCUUAUGGUAAAUAAUUACAGUUUAGAAGAAGUUACCCAUGAAGAGGCAGUAGCAAUACUGAAGAACACCUCAGAUGUAGUGUAUCUGAAAGUUGGAAAGCCCACUACCAUUUACAUGACCGAUCCAUAUGGCCCACCAGAUAUUACUCACUCUUAUUCUCCACCAAUGGAAAAUCACAUACUCGCUGGAAACAAUGGCACUUUAGAAUACAAGACAUCCCUGGCCCCUAUCUCACCAGGAAGAUACUCUCCCAUUCCAAAGCACAUGCUUGUGGAGGAUGACUAUACCAGGCCUCCUGAACCUGUUUACAGCACUGUGAACAAACUGUGUGAUAAACCACCUUCUCCUAGGCACUAUUCCCCUGUCGAGUGUGACAAAAGCUUCCUUCUUACAGCUCCCUAUCCCCACUACCACGUAGGCCUGCUCCCUGACUCUGAGAUCACCAGUCAUUCCCAGCACAGCACUGCAACGCGUCCACCCACAGUGAGCUUGCAGCGGACCAUUUCAGUGGAAGGAGAGCCUCGAAAAAUCAUCCUGCACAAGGGCUCCACAGGACUUGGUUUUAACAUUGUGGGAGGAGAAGAUGGGGAAGGCAUUUUCGUGUCUUUCAUCCUAGCAGGCGGGCCUGCUGACCUCAGUGGAGAACUGCAGCGAGGAGAUCAAAUUUUGUCUGUGAACGGUAUUGAUCUUCGAGGCGCUACCCACGAGCAGGCUGCAGCUGCGCUGAAGGGAGCAGGGCAGACGGUAACAAUCAUAGCACAAUACCAGCCAGAGGAGUACGCUCGGUUUGAGGCAAAAAUCCAUGACCUACGUGAGCAGAUGAUGAAUCACAGCAUGAGUUCUGGGUCUGGCUCCCUGAGGACUAAUCAGAAGAGGUCACUGUAUGUCAGAGCCAUGUUUGACUAUGACAAGAGCAAAGACAGUGGCCUCCCAAGCCAAGGGCUCAGUUUUAAGUAUGGAGACAUUCUUCAUGUCAUCAACGCCUCGGACGAUGAAUGGUGGCAGGCAAGGAGGGUCACUCUGGAGGGAGACAGUGAGGAGAUGGGAGUUAUACCCAGCAAGAGAAGAGUUGAAAGGAAGGAGCGUGCACGUUUGAAGACAGUGAAAUUCAACGCAAAACCUGGCGUAAUCGAUGCAAAAGGGUCAUUCAAUGACAAGCGUAAAAAGAACUUCAUCUUUUCACGAAAAUUCCCAUUCUACAAGAGCAAGGAGCAGAGUGAGCAGGAAACAAGUGAUCCAGAACGAGGCCAAGAAGACUGCAUCUUUUCUUAUGAACCUGUCAGCAGACAGGAAAUUAAUUACACCAGGCCGGUUAUUAUUCUGGGUCCCAUGAAAGAUCGGAUCAAUGAUGAUUUGAUAUCUGAAUUCCCUGAUAAGUUUGGGUCAUGUGUACCACAUACCACACGGCCAAAGCGUGACUAUGAAGUGGACGGGAGAGAUUAUCAUUUUGUCAUUUCAAGAGAACAAAUGGAAAAAGAUAUCCAAGAGCACAAAUUUAUAGAAGCUGGGCAGUACAAUGAUAAUUUAUAUGGAACUAGUGUCCAGUCUGUGAGAUUUGUGGCAGAAAGGGGCAAGCACUGUAUACUUGAUGUGUCAGGAAAUGCCAUCAAACGACUACAGGUUGCACAACUCUAUCCCAUCGCUAUCUUCAUUAAGCCUAAAUCAUGGGAACCUCUGAUGGAAAUGAAUAAACGUCUCACAGAGGAGCAAGCAAAGAAAACCUAUGAUCGAGCAAUUAAACUAGAACAAGAAUUCGGAGAAUAUUUUACAGCUAUUGUCCAAGGAGAUAGCUUAGAAGAUAUAUAUAAUCAAUGCAAACUUGUAAUUGAAGAACAAUCUGGGCCUUUCAUCUGGAUUCCUUCAAAGGAAAAAUUAUAA